UUUUCCCUCUUCGAAUCCAACAUGCGCUCCAGCUAUGAGGCAAACGCCAACGCCAGAGGUAGAGAUGGCAAUCACGCUGGACCCGGCGGAUGGGACCCCGAGGAGAAGAAGGAAGAACUUUUUGAUGACGAGGCGAGGUUUCUCCUUCUUUACCCAGCCAAAUGCCAAGGAGAGACUGAGGAGAAGACGGCGGCCCAGAGGGAACUGCUAGGUUUCGCCACCUUCCGCUUCACCGUCGAGCCGCUGCACCCUUCUGACCCACUGAAUAUGCAUGUGGUCAAAAGAUGGGGGAAGAUCGAGGUCCUCUAUCUCUACGAGCUCCAGCUCUCCCCCGCGCUGAGAGGAUGCGGGAUCGGAUCUGCACUCAUGGACCUCCUGGUGUGCCUGGCGAGGGCGACGCACAUGCGCAAGCUCUGCCUCACGGUAUUCAAGGAUAAUGUGGGGGCGAAGAGAUUUUAUGAGAGGCAAGGAUGGAGCAGAGAUCGGAUCAGUCCGGGGGAG